AUGGAGAUUGGUGUAAGCAUAACCGAGAUCCAGUUCAGGGGAAGGUUCAUUGUCAUAGUACUUGAAUUCCGCGAUUCGGAUAUAUCUGUGCUACCACAGUUGAUAGCCCGGUGUAAUUGUUUCUAUUUAUAUGAUGACGAAAUGGGCCGGCCUUCUAACCAGUCUGCCCUACGGCUUCUUGAACCAGUGCCGGGGAAUCCAGAUGAUAGCGAAUAUGAUAACUUGCGUCCUGGAGUCAUGCUCAGCUCAGGAAAACACCCUACCGAGGGACGGGAGCUGCUUACUUCGUCGGGAGUUUUAGUCCAGGACGACAAUGGAUAUCAAUACAUGACUUGCGCAUCACAUGGUUUUCCGUAUGGAGGAAGGGUGUUCCAUCCAAAUGCCAGCAGGCAAGAGAUUGGAACUGUCAUAAUAAAGCUCACGCAUAUAAACAUUGCCCUAGUUCAACUUGACAAUCAGAUCUCCUAUACCAAUGAAAUUUUCGAGAACACAGUAGUUCCAGGUCCGUCCGUCCGACUACAACGCUUUAAUACUGACGAAGAAAAUCGUUGCAGAGCAGGAAGUGACAUUUUCAUUAACAGUCCAUUCACCGGGUAUAUUGAAGGUACACAGGGUAUGCGAGCCAUGUGUCGUGCCCCAACCGGCAACCCUCGUAAACCUGAACAAGUAUGGAUUAAAACUCGGUGGGAUUAUAUGGGCCAGGGCUCAAGUGAUACUCUUGCUGAUGGAAUUUGUGGCUCCGCGCUCUGGAACGAUAGGGGAAAUGUGGUUGGGUUUUUCAGACAUGCACCAAAAUCCGGUCAUUUUCUUGGCUGGUGUCUUCCCACCCAGGCAUCUCGGACUUUUAGUAAAGCCAGUCGGCUAAGCGAGGAUGCAAAGAUAGGAUCCUUUCGGUCUCGGAUUAUGAACAUCGGCCUCCUAGACAUGCCAAAACUGCACCCCAGCUAUGCCUGCAGAUCAAUGACGUCGAGGCCGGCAUGUCCACAGACACAGCGGCCCGAGGACUGUCAAAGAACACAGGGCAAGAUAAGGAAUCUCUUUAAGCCCGAAGGGUCCGCACGGUCGGACACCGGGUGA